AUCGUUCGGGUCAUUCUUUCUUCGCGUCAUUCGCAAGCUUCGCGGUCAGGUCAACGCCACUUGCAGUUGGAGGUCAGCAUUCCUGUCCAAGUUGAGGCAUCGUACGCUAUGUGCCGCUAAGCCGGGAAGCUGUGGAGAUACCCUAAGCCCCUAAGUUCUGCGGGUCAGCGAGGCGAAGGCAGCACUAGGGUUUAGCGCCACGAUCGCGAGCACCACACAGCUCGAGACAGCAGACGACGCAUAUCGGCAUGUUUACAAGCAGACGAUGUGCGAUAAAAACCGUCCGAGUCCUCGCGGCGGCGACCCUCAAGUGUCUGGAACACGGUAAAGCAAAUACGGGGGGACUCGUGCAAGUCCCCUUUACGAGCCAUGGCCCGUCAAAUCAUAAAGACGGAAACGAAGCCCGAAACCACUGUCAAUGUGGGGGACGCCACGAACAGGAAAACAGCGCCCGAAGAUUUAUCGGUUGUCAAGGCGUCUACAAGUUCGAAAGCCAAAAAACGACAACGCUCGGCGCUCAAACUUCUUCGCGCAGCCUGCAUUCGACGGCAAGUCACGAGGAGCAUACGAUGCAGCAAGUUCGGGAUUCCAGCACCAGGUCUCUCCGAGUGAGGACCGCGAGCGACCCCCUAGUGGUGCGAGCCCACCAGGAGGUGCUGAGGGUAGCCACAGACAUGGACCCGCACGAGCCGGCAUUGCGGGAAGUCUUCGAAGCAUUCCGCGAGGCCGCCGAGUACAACUUACCGGGAGGGAAGCGUAACCGCCUUUUGGCAGUGGUGCACGCUUACGAACUGCUGGCGGAGGAGAGUGCGCCGCAUUUGGAGCUCGCCUGUGUGCUUGGCUGGUGUGUGGAGAUGCUGCAGUCCUACUUCCUGAUACUCGACGACAUCAUGGACGGCUCGCCGGUCCGCCGGGGGCAGCCAUCUUGGUACACCGUGCCCGGCGUCGGGCUGCGCGCCAUCAACGACGCGCUCUUCCUGGAGAAGGCGGUGCUCUGGGUCGUCCGUCGCCGCCUGGGACACCUGCGCUGCUACCUGCCGCUCUCAGAACUGUUCCAGGAAAGCGACUUGCGCACCGUGCUGGGACAGGGCUUGGACAUGCUGUCGCAGAAGAGCACGCUCGACGCACUCAGGGCCGACCGCUACUGGGCCAUCGUUACCUACAAAACCGCCUUCUAUUCCUUCGUCCUGCCCGUGAGGGCAGGCAUGCUGCUGGCGGGGGUGGAGGAUCCGGGCCUGCACGCGCAGGCGCAGCAGGCGGCCCUCCAGCUUGGCCGAGUGUUUCAAGUCCAAGACGACUACAUAGACUGCUUCGGCGACCCCGAGGUCACGGGCAAAGUGGGCACAGACAUCGUGGACGGCAAGUGCAGCUGGCUGGCCGUCCAGGCAGCGCAACGCGCCUCGCCUGCUCAGAGAUCCGUCUUGGAGGCAAAUCUCGGCAAGGGAGCUGCCAGGGGACCGGAAGAAGCGGCCGUGAAGGCACUCUACGAAGAACUCGACCUCCGCGCCCACUACGCCGCGUACGAGAAGGCGGCAUUCGCGGAGCUCGACUCCCAAGUGCGAAACCUGCCGCCGGGUCUCGCCACGCUGUUCCGUGUAAUGAAGGACGCCAUUUUCGGCCGAGACAAGUGACCUCCCCCUGCUGCGAGGAACACCGUCUCUGGCCGAGACGAGCAACCUCCCGCCUUGUUCCAAAACUAACGAGCUGGCUCGGGUAUGCAUUAAUAAACGACACUUUACAAAUAUUGUGGA